AUGGUUGAACUACUUCAGCGAGAUCCAUUUCGAACAAUUUUCAAAUAUUUCAAGUACUAUGGAAUGUGGACGGACGUUACAGUGAGGCAUCGUACAUUCAGUAUUAUUGCAUUUUUGGUACUAAAUCUGUCAUGCUGCAUUCUCAUUAUUUUAUCACUGUUCAAAUCAAGCAAUAUUGAGGAAUUUACACGAUGCACGAUUUAUGGUUCACUUCAUCUCAUCUCAUUGUCUUGCAACAUCAACUUCAACAUAAAGAAAAAUGCAAUUCGAGAUUUUAUUGAUGAUUUAAAUCAAGUCAUGAAUGACGAUCCUGAGGUGAUGAAUGACUUUGCUGAGAAUGGUUUGAGGAAGUGCAAUCGAAUGUUUAAUUUUACAUUCCAUAUAAGUUACAUUAUUAUUGGAGCUGGAACCAUUAUUGAACCUUUAGUUGUCGGGAAGGUUUCCAUUCCAAUGUUGGUGUUAAAUAAGCCUGAUAUAUUUUAUAUAUCCUGGAUCUUUCAAAUGAUAAGCUCAUUUUAUACAAUUUACAUGAUGGUCUUCAAUGUUGAACUUUUUGGCAAUUUGCUCAUCAUGUUUCAUACUUACAUCGAGUAUUUUGGACACAAUCUUCGGAAUCUUAAAGCUACAAACAAGGAAGAGCUGGUUCGUUGUGUUAAAAUUCACUGGAAUAUAAUGAGAUUGAUGGAAAAAAAUGAAAACAUUGUGCAUACAACAUUCGCUGCUUUUGGAUUCUUUGGGAUGACAAUGUUAUGCUCGAUUGCGUUCUUGCUGUCUACCAAAAGUAUCUCGGAUUCUCGGAAUCUCGCAAUAUUCAUUCAUUACGGAGGCCGUGAAUUUAUCCUGACAGCUCAAGUGUUUCGAGCUUGCUACUUUGCUCAACAAAUUCAGUCAAGUAGUGAAAAAUUUAUUGUCGAUUUAUACGCAAACGAUUGGACGACAUCGGAUCAUAAAUAUAAGAAAAUGAUGCUAAUUUUUAAUGAAAAUCUACAGCAACCCAUCACAAUGAGAAUUUUCAAGACCUUCAAUGUCAAUCUUGAAACAUUUCAAUCGGUUUUAAUUAUUAUUCAUGCAAAUUCAGGCAUUGAGUAUAGUGACAAUACUGAUUCACCGAUGGCCAACCCGCUUUUAUUGAUUCCAUUAAUUUCAAAACAAUUUAUAUUUUCAAAAUAA